GUAGUGGCCUUGGAGCCUGCGACAGAAGAGAUUAGGCGUUACUUUUUGUACUUGGAAGAACUAAAAACAUCGUGAACAGUUUAAGGUUUACGAUGGAGAAUCGAACGGUGAAAGAGGCAUCUGUUGAAGGAGUGCAGCGACGAACCAAACCAAAAAAACACUUCGUAAGUUUUCACUUAUUAGCAUAUCUUGACUGAGCGAUGUCUGUAACGAAAUAAUCUGUUUUUGACAGUCAGUAGUUUAAAACUAGAUACGUAAAUAUCAAUGUGUUCAAAGUUUUAGCUCAGAAAUUCGGCAGUGAGGGAAUUUGUGUUUAACAAUCUUUGCGUGAUUCGAGUGAUGAGUGGUAGUGGCGAAAAAGUGUUUUUUUGGUGCUUUAUUUGUCAACUCAUCCGUGUAGCUCAGAAAAACAUAAAUUCCUAAAAAGGUAAAUAAUUGCUUGCCACGAUCUCUAUAUGUUGCUGAAGUACAUAACUAACCCUUGCUACUCUUUGGUUUGAUACUCUGCCAAAUUUGAACCUUGAAACAGAUGUAACAGGUAUGCAAAUUUGUGAUCAUGUUUGUGUAAGUGAGAAGCUAGCAACAUUUCUCUCCUCCCGAGAAUUCACCAACUACAGCUUACAGCGUGUAGCUGCUUUUUUCAGGCAAAGAAAAAGUGGCUAGUUCCGCUUAGUAUUAUUUUUUUUCCUAACAAAUAUUUAACGGAUUUGUUGCACAACAUGACAACGUGUUCAACGCUUGAGAAAAUUAAUUUUAAUAAUCGUUCUCAAGAUAGCUUUUAGCGUUUGUAAAGUAUCAAAUAACUGUAGUUGGCUCGAAGUUAGGCCAUUUUCAUAUGCACGCGAUUGAAAAAUUAUAGCAGUGCUGAUCAGGUUGUACCUUAAGAAACACCUUAAUCGGUAAAAUUAGUGUAAUUUCAAUACCACUAGCUUAGUAUCGAGAAUGUAAAUCUAAAAGUGUUUACAAGUGGAUUUUAAAAAGAAUGUAUUUGGGAGUAUUCUCAUUAAAAUCAAAAGUCAAAAUCUAUUCUGUUAAUGGACUCGCCUGGAAGUCUACCGGGUAACAUUUAAAGUUAUUAAUUAGAAAGUAUCGAGGUGUUAGUGACUUGUGAUAAGUAGAUUUUCAGAGGACCUUCUUCCGCUGAGGUUCCUCGAAAUUCAGUUUCAUUGAUAGACUAUACCGAAAAAUACUCUCUUUAGAAUAUUUGUGGCUUUAAAACACCGAAGGGAAAAAAUAUAUUAGAACUGUUUAAAGAGCUAAAACAAAUUGCAUCAAUACGACUGCAAGUGUAUGUUAUCAAAUGUGACGGUCUUGGCCUUCAAUUGGUACGACAAUACUAUCAUUUCAAUAGACUUAGGCAAAACUAUAACAUAAAUGGUUUCAUAUUUGCAUCUCUUUAAUCGCAAUAGCGUUAGACGUGUUGCAACUCUUUAUUCAAUGACUAAGAAAGACCUCAGAGGCCUGUCCCUCUUUAUAAUACUUCCAAACUUAUCCUGUUCGUUUUCAUCCGUUCUUACAGAUUUUUUGUGUGAAAGUUUCAUGGUCGGAUGGCACAGUCAACUUGGUAUAUCGCAGAUAUAGCGAAUUUCUACACUUACAGGUUUGUUGGUUUGUUCGCACAAAACAUGUUAAUUGAUUAGUGCAUGUAUUUACUCCUAUAAGAAUGGUAAUUUGUUUUGAAAUGGAGACAAUAUCUUCCCUUUAUGGUUGAUCCUUUGAAUUUUCAACAGUGGAAAGAAUGUAAUUUUUAAAUUUCCACCUGCUGAACCAUACAUUUUCACUUAAAAUAUUGAGCGAUUAAUAAGUUUCCAACGAAUUGGGAAAGAGAUAAUUGGAAUGAUAAUUGGAAAAUCUUAAAUUGGGGGUCAAUUAAGUUUCCUUGGACUCUCAAAUUUAAGGAAAUUCCUACUAUAUGAACUUAAGCUCAUAAUGUACCAAAAACAUGGCUAAUGAAAGGGAAAGCUUUAAAAACUUGGAUCCUUCGGUUUUGGCCUUCAACUUUGAGUUUAUUCUGCUCAAGGCUUGAAAAAAGAUGUGUUUUGGAACCAUUAUGGAUGUACUUUCGUGUCUUGAAGCAAUGAAGCCCUAGAAAUCUGGGGAUCUCUUCCAUAGUGAGUCUAAUUUUUAGUAAAUUUUUAUGUAGUAGUGAAUGAGGCAAUUCAGCUAAAUUUUUUUUCGUGGUUUGAUGUAAGCCAUUGCAUAUCAAUAGAUCAAAGACUUGCCUCCAAAACAUUUCUUUUUAAAUGUUAACUUAUUCUAUGUAUGAGGGCACCUCAUCAUUAAAAGAAAAGAAAAGGAGAAAAUUAAAGAUAAAAAAAUUAAAAUUAAAAUGAUGUUUGACCGUUAUCUCAUGCAGUCUUGAACUUUCAUUGUGCAGCUCACUUUUGCUGGGCUCAGCAGUCUUCUUCGUAUUGAUUGAUACUAUUCCUUCAAAGCUAUCGUGACCCAUUAACUAGGCAGAGAGACAAUAUUGAUUCUCGAUAGUCACGCACUACAAAGUACGUCAUACUUUGUUAACUACUAACGAACGAGAAAGAUUACUAAAACUUUUUUAUCUCUAAUAAGUUUGGCCUCAAAGUUGAAUCGUUGACAGGAAGCAGAAAUUUUUAUAGAACAUCUUUCGACAACACGAAGAUCGUGUUCCAUCAACUGGGCUAUGCAUGGACUCUUCUUUUCUGUCUUUUCAUUUCUUUGAGAAAACUGUCUAUGGGUAAUAUCUUAGAGAGAAUAAAUGAAAGGAAAUUACGAUACGAUCAAAUGUGAAGUACUUGUAAUAUUGUACUCCUGAUAAGUUUAUCUCGUUAGUGAAGCAACCGACAGCCAAGGAAAUAAUCACGACAGUAAUGAAAAAACUAGAAAUACUCUCUCGAAAUUUCUCCCUAUUUUCUUGAGGAACUGAUUUACAAAAUGUCACUUCAACUCAAGAGAGAGGCACUUGGAUCUUUCAUAGAAACUUUGAUGGGCAUAGGAGCUGUUUUGAAUCGAAGAAAAAGCGUGAAUAACAACUCACGCGUAUGCGUCAUUGACCUGAGCGCUAACUUAAGAUCGCUUGGCAUCCACUAAGUUCCUCACUAGAAUUAUAGACAACCAUGACGCUGUAGAGGAUGGAAAAAGUGAAAUAAAGUACUCUAUUGAAGUACGAGGCAAUAUCUAACCACUCUACUGAACCAACUUGAUUGAGAAAGAAUUUGCUCAGUAUAUGCCAAAAGUCUGUUUCAAGUGAUAUUUUUUCUUGCGUGAGCGAGGCGGGCAAUAUUGAUCUUUCAUAACAAGCCUUUUACACCCGCUCGCGUGUAACUUUAAAACAAAGAAAUCGCCUUCUGUCAUUCAAUCAACCGUAUCGUAGGAUAAAAUCGCAAAGCUAACUUUAAGGAAUUCAAUAACAGCAAGAGUUUUGGAGAGGAAUAGUCGAUGACAAUUCAGAUCACGUUAUUUUGCAAAGCUUCCUGAGCAACGAACAGUGUUUACGAUAAAUAAAAAAAAGAUUCGUCCAACAAUUAACUGAAGGAACCCCAAACAACUCAAUAGAUUUACUUGUCACUGGAUCAAAAAAAAUUUGAAAAACAAUCAGAACAACUUUCUUUGAGACGUGCGCAAGUUGAAAAAAAUCAGAUAAUUUAACCUAAUGACGUUGUUGCUGUGCUGACAUCAUAACUCCCAACGUCACCGACCUAAACAUGUCAGACCCCUUUUUUAUAUUUUGUUAAACUUUUUAAUCGUCAAACACCUCUUUUAAGGUUGGAAUGCAGCUCGGAAAAUAUAAUUGAUGACCAAUGAUGCCCCGCCAAUUUCCUUUACGUUAAAAUAUACGUUGUUUCUUGAUGUUUUAGUAGUUGUCUUCUCUAUGGUUCAAUCCACACUUUUGUUUCUCCGUUUCUUAACCUACAAAUUAUUUAUUUUUGGUAUUAAAAUGUUCCUCUAAUGUUCCGUACUGAAAUAAACUCUAUUUACAUUUAGUCCAUGAUUCUAGGUAGCCAAAGAUGGGACUUCCGCUAACGCGAGCAGAAAAAAAUUGUCUACUAACCUGCUCUGCUUGCUUUCCUUCUGAUUCUUUUCAGAGAUCCAACAUAAAAUUGAAAAUAUUUCCCGUCCAUAACAAUGCAGACAUUUCUGCAUUAUUGUACAAUUACCUAAAACACAGACACAACAACCUUUAAUCAAUUCUUGAAAAUUUGCGUUCGAGAAAUUUCGUCCCUGGUAACUCUUUUGUCCAAUAUUUGCGAGCGCCUAUGUUUAGGAUGGACCUUAAAUAGUAGUUUUAAUUUUUUGCUAAUUUUGAUUUAUUAAGUGAAUUUUUGUCUUUUUUUGGUGUUAUAGGCAAUGCUAUUCCAAGCCUUUCCCGGCUCAUUUGGCAAAAAAAGUGCUAAGAGACGAAACUUCACUCCACUGCCUGGUGAGACAGUAAACCUCGUUAUCUUCCAUUCUAUUUAGUUCCUUUUUCUAUCGCAAUUUAAAUAACUGCUUGAGGACUGAAUUCAAUCUAUUUUUCAAAAGACCAUUCCUUUUCUAGGUUGUUAUAAAUUUGCUCAGUCAGUUUUUUUCCCUAAAGCUUUUUUUCCUCACAAAAGUCUCUGUUGCUACUUGUCUGGACCCAAAGGAUGCUCGGGCCUAGACUACCUAUGACCUAAAUAGUCGGGACGAUCACAUCUUCUGCAUAAGUGCUUAAACAUUCAACUCCCAAGAUACAAUGAGAAAUUAUUCUUACUAAGUCCAAUUCAUUUUCUCGUAAAACAGACAGAAGAAUUUGGUCUUGUAUACGAUUAAAACCUUAGGUGGAUGAUAAAUCCUUCCGUCCUCAUGGCCUUUUUGCCAGAUAACGUAUUGAGAUAGCUAACGUAGAUAACGUAUAUAUCAAAGUAAGCCUGAUCGCACGGAUUUUUGGAAUAGUCGUCCAAAGUUAGGAAAAUCUGGAAGAUCCCUGCGGUCAUAUGGAAUUUAGGCCUUAACCGCCAUAAUAUUUAGAAUCUACAUUAAGCUUGUUCUUGCCUAUUUUAGAUUCAUUCGCAUCAAAGAUUACUGUCGGUGAAUCAAUAUUUACAAGAAUGGAGCUAGUGAGCUUCUUCCUCAAGGUAGAUAAUUUUUAAUGAAUUUUCUGGUGGGGGGCCAGAGCCUUAUAGGGGGAUCAGGUAAAUUUCAUCGUGACACAAGCAAUAUAAUCCAGCCGCCGCCACCCCUUCACCUCCUGGGCGAUAAACUGCUCAAUCCCUAAGACCACACUGGAGAGUAACCUGAAGCCAUUGAAAUUCACGACAGGCCUAAUUUCCUUGCUUUGUUCGCCAAAACGCAUUUUGGAUCCUGUUUCGUUGAAGGUGUUUAUUUGCCUCGGUACAAGGAACAAUAAAUGCUAUUCUCUCAUCAGGAUAUUCUUGCGAUGGAUUUCCAAGUGGCACAAUCACAGCACGUUAGAAAAUUUCUAACUCCCACGCAAGAGGAUCUUGAACCGAUAUCACAGCCACGGUGAGGUGUUUUCUUAUAAAAUAGCUUUUGGGCAAAGUUAUUAUGGAGUUAUCUUUCGUAUGAUAUCAUAAAACUCCAAAGAAAAUUUAAAGAGGCAAAACAUUUGUGAGGCAAAUGGAAUGCAAAGAAAAAUUCAAACCCUCUUGGUGAAGAAGAUCCUCAUGUUGGCUUAAUAAACAUAGGCUUGACAAAUGUACAGUAUUGUGUACAACGAUAUCAUAAAGAACAUUUCAGUUUACUUCUUUUGAGUGGGGAAAAUAGUGAAAACCUUAUUUUGUAUCUUCUUUCUCCAUAACACUCAGAAAAGUAAAAGUCAAGAAGGGGAACCGUGGUAGAAGAGGCAGUAAUUUCACACAGACUGUAAGAGGAAGGUUUACGAAGAAGACUAAGAUUUGUAAGUGAUGUUUUGUUCUAUCCAUCGCAUGAAAAAAAUAAUUCGAGCAUAAGUCAUUCUGUGGCGCAUGAGAAUAACCGCCCAGGUAAUCAUGUGAUGAGAGUGAUGAGAACGAGGAGAUGGUAAAGCUGAGUUGAUAGUGUUUGGAGUGAAUGCCACGCAGUUUUGUUCUGUCCAUAACAUGAAAAAUUAAUUCAAGCAUAAAUCAUUUUGUUGUACUUGAGAAAAUACCGGCCAGGUCAUCAUAGUGAUGCUUGUACCUGUGAUGAGAGUCAUACUAUAUUUUCGCUGGAAUCAUUCCCUAUAAGGAGAUGGUAAAGCUGAGUUGAUAGAGUUUGGACUGUCAUGCAGUUUCUUGAAUUCUUCUGAAGAAUAAAACAGCGUGGCUAAUACAAGAAGUUGCUCUGGUAGUAAUCUGAAUUAAUUAUUUAAACAUAUUAUGCGCCCGUAGUUUAAAAGGAGGUUUCUCAAAUACACGCAAAGACCCUCAAUUGCUGGAACCAAAUCUUAUGUUACCCUCACGAUGAUGACGCUUAUCUGUAUUUUCAAUCAUCUAGGUCGAAUGAUCUCACACGAAAAUGUGUAAACUUAGAAAUGGCCCAGCCCCUCUCGAGUUAUCUCUAUCUCAGUGGUAGAACGAAACUUCGUCCAGUAGUUGUGAUAAAAGGAGUAUAAUUUGCCGGUUAUAUUAUCAAGUGUUUUUUUUAUCUGUGAGUUUAUUGAAUUAUAUCUGAUUUUCCUUUCAGGGGGAAACAAGAUAAGUUCACCUAUAAUAUUGGAGCACUUUGUGGUGAUGGAUGAUUACAGGAAGAUAGCUAAGAGCGAUAUUAACCUGAAGAAAGGAAAAGUCGUUGAUGUCAUCGAGAAGAGAGAAUGUGGUGAGUACAUACACACAAACAAAAAAAAAAUACUAAAUAAACGACGGAUAUUCAUGUUACUUACCAAUUUUUGUAGCUUACAUGACGACCCAUUCCCUCAGGCCUUUUAGGGGAAGUAAUAAAACGGUUUCAGUUUAUUGGUAAAUCAGGAGAAACGAAAAAAACAAACAAACAAAGAAACGAACAAACAACUGAUACUAGCAAAUAAGGCGUCCUAUCGUUUGUCACGCAAAUGGACUUUUUAUUACGUUUAUUUGAGGAAAGAGCAACGAUUUACCUUUUAAAACAUAGCACAGAAGAUUUUUGGAGAAGCAAAAUAUGACCUGGGGCAUGUUUCACACUUUAAAGAAACGCCUUGAAGCGAUGCUUAAGCGAAAAUAACCUCUUGGACUAGGCGGGAAGCUCAAGUCAUCCAAGAUGUAAAACAAGGAGACUUUUGGGGUCUCAGAAAUACUGUUAGUUUACAAUUAGGGUGGGAAGAUGGACUUAACCUCAUCAAUUACUCGCACAGGCUGGUGGUUGGUCGAGUCUGAAGGGGAAGUGGGCUGGGCUCCAGCUUUGUAUCUCGAGCCCGCGGACGAAAUGACGGAAUAUGGCAAUAUACAGACAUUUCAAGUUGGAAGAGGUAAGAUCAGUUUAACGUCAGUUAGAUCUCAAUCUCGUAUCGCAAGUUAAAAGUUACUGAAAUUAGACAAUGCUAGGUAUUGAUAAAGUAUGUCAUGGACAAAAAUUAAUUAUCUUCUCGUUAACUAAUGCAGAUAUGUUUCUGUAGGUGAAUUCUAUGUGACAGCUAAGCGUUAUGUUGCCUCUGAAGAUGAUGAACUGAGUUUUGAAAUAGGAGUAAACCUGCAAAUCCUGGAGAAAAACUACGAUGGAUGGUGGAGAGCCUCGUAAGUUCCAAGAAAAGCUUUAAUUACAUCUCUCGCGCUUCGUGCAAUAUCCAAAAAAAUAACUUAUCAAAGUGUAAUCCAGAAGUAAACUUAGGGCCCAACGAUCAACGCUUGGCGAUGCAGGCCACUAGCUAUACCCAGCAGCUUUCGAGCUGUGGGCAAGGUUACCAGCUAUGGGUCAUCGUCUGAGCUAGAAAAUCUACGUCGUAUUGCCGUUCUUCCUUUGAAAGUAACAGGGGAAAAGGAAAUUUUGAUUCAACUUGUGAUGGUUUUGGAAUUAACCAGCAGGCAGUUGACCUUUACGAAAGAAUUCCCCUUAAGAACGGCACCGUUUAACAUAUCUCCAGCAUUACGAAAGUUAUAGCUUCACUUUGUGCAGAACAUCGCUAUCGCUGCCGGAAGUUAUCCCAAUCGUUACCUGCCUGGAUGGAAUGCCCCUCCCUCGUCUCCCCACAAUUUUCAUCAGGCUUCCUUAGGACUCCCCAAUUUAUACACCAUUUCGCUACGGAACACAACGAGUUAAUAAGCUAAAUUGUGCCCCCUGCGUCUUCCGGAUUAUCAAUAAUUAUACCGGUGGUCAUUUAUUGACAGAUACCUCGGAAGAGAAGGAUUGGUACCUGCCAUGUAUCUGAAACGGCUGGGAUACGAUCGAAGGCAAUCGAGAACAGGAAGAAGGAAAUCCAGAUUGUUUGCUAAAAACCAGCUCCGUGAUUUUGAUGACGAUGACGACAUGGGAAUGAUCAGAGGUACGAAAUUUUAAUUAAAUCACGUCGCAUGUUGUUUGAAAUGGUGGACUCUUCUCUGUGUCAGAGAAAGAGUCCGAUGUGGCAAAACAUAACAUGUUAUAGAUCAUACGUUGGCCAAGAUGAUAAAUUUGUUUUCAUAGCCGAAAAAAAAGCAGCUUAUCUUUACGUUACUCAUUUUUGGCACUUUUCAAGUGAGUUUCUUGGAAAAAAAACACAAAUUUUCCGAAUUACAGGUAAAAGAAAAUUAAAUAAUCAUGAUUGGCUUUGAUUUUCAUUUUAUUUGUUAAGAGGGUGAUGCGAAUUUCUCUGGGCAAAUCAUAUAGGGAAGCGCAGUAAAAACAACGCAAUUCCGAGUAACUUUUGAACAUCCAACAGAAUUUUGAUAUUUUUUUCGGUGCCAUUAGCACCCACAUAUGUAACCACAAUUAGCAUGUAUUGACCUCUGUUGGAUUUUUUCUUCUUAUGUGUGAUACAUAUCAAAAGGGGCAUCUUAAAAAAAGGAAAAUGCUGUUGUAAUUACAAAGCAAACGAGAAAGUCUUUUUCCAGAUUGGUGUCUGUGGAACUACAAACAUCGUAACGAGUCUUUUCAUAUUUUUACCUUUUACAGAAAUUCCUGAAUUUCAGGAAGAAAGUAAAAAGGUAAGAAAUUCAACUCAGAACACCUUUCUCUAAAAUUAAGUUCAUUGAGGGAAAGGAAAAACACACCAUUACAGCUCUCAUAUUAAGAACUAUUUUUGUAUAAAUGAAUUGCUUCAUUGGGUGGUUAAAUAGAGACAAGAUAGGCAUUGAAGGGACCUUAACUAAGACGGGAAAAGAUAACUUUUAUGAGGAAAAAAUCUGUCUCAUUACUGAGGAGGACUAAGUAGAAUGACAAACGCUGAUAUUGAUCUCGAUAAUAACAUUUGCUAAUCCAUUAUUUAAUCUUUUAAAUUAUGGUAGUAGGCUUUUUUGGCUCUCUUCUGAUUGCAUGUGAUGUAAUUUAUCGACAUCAUUUUGUUUGACAGAAAACUAAACUGAGGUUUAGUGGUGUAAAAGACGAUGGGGAUUCUGAUGGCACAAUUAUUGAAAGUUCUGACUUUUUGCAACUGAAUAGACGAAACAAAAAGCCAAGAGGGAACGCAAACGUACAAACAACCGAUAAGACUGCCCCAUCCCUGAGGUCCUUAAUGUCGUCUUUGCACAACGUUGAAGAGGUAUCCGAACCUCCAACGAAUGACGACCGGCCUAUGGAGAUUUCUCAGAGUCGAAGUAUGGAUACAAGUCAAAUGCCAGAGACCCACGAGAUACCAGAAUCAAAUCAAAAUGGCUGUGAAAAUACAGAAACAUUAGAGUCAGGAAACGAUCUCAACAACCUCUCUCCACAAGACUCAAACUCCGCUAAUGGAAACGAGAACGACACAAGUAACCUUCAGCAGCACGACCUAGACGGUGACGAUAAAAACAUUGACUAUUCUGACGGUAGACAAGAUAGUACUACGACAACCGAAAAUGCAGAAAGUCCCGAAAGUUUUUCCGAUACACCGAUAAAUUUCGAAGUGCCUCUUGAUCCAUCGAGGCACUUCCAAACAAUUGCUGUAGUCGAAGACUCUCCAAGACUUCAUUCACCGAAGAGGCUACCACCAGUGCCCUCAGGAUACGAAUCGCCUCGGACUGCAGCUCCUAAGAGGCUCCCUCCUUCGCCUAGUGGGAAACUCAUCCGGCAAGGGGGGAUAGAGAAAGAGAAGUCAGUCGAACUUAAUGAGGAAAUUCAGAAUUUGAGCUCGAGUGACGACGAAUCAGAUCCCGAGCUGGCGCAAAUGUCGCUCAGCAAAGUGGUUCUGCAUGCUAAAACAAGCCACUCCCCUGCAAUUGUUGUUGAUGAAACAGGACAGCUAAGCGCUAAAGGAGAAGAAACAGAAGAGGUUCUUGACUACGAUGAGAAAAUGAGCCUUAAUGGUAGCUUUCGCUCCACAGAAAGCUUUGAAAUCGAAGUAAACGUUCCAGGAGAUGAAGAUGACCUUUCAUCUAACAUCUAUCGUGCGAUUGAGGACUACGAAGUUGACGAUGAAAUGAGCCUCUCCAAAGGUGAGUAUGUCCGAGUUUUAGAUAAAGCAUCUACAGGAUUCUGGUUGGUCAAGAACGAAGCAGGAAUGAAAGGCUGGUUAUCGUCUAGCCUACUUUGUCCUGCUCCUCAAGUCUGGGGAGAAACAGAACGCACUUUGCAAGAAGAAGAUUUUGAAGAAGAAGAAGAAGAAGAAGAAGGCACGCUUCAGAUGUCUUGUCGUGCCGUUGAUGAUUACAAAGCAGAUCAUGAUAGCCAAGAGAUAGACCUACAGAGUGGAGAAUAUUUACGCAUAUUGCAAAAGAAUGAAAACGGAUGGUGGUGUGUACGAAAUGAGGAAGGCGAGAUAGGUUGGGCACCUUCAAAUUACUUGGAAGAGUUCAACGAUGAUGAAGAUAUCGAAUUCUCUCGUUGAAAUGUCAGACUGAAAAAUUGAACUGCCUCGUAAGGCCUAACAUUGGUAUAUCUUUUACAUACGAAGAGACUUUGGCAAAAGACUAAUUAUGAAUAGCGGACUGUUCUUAUGUUAGAACCUUUCUUUCGAUUAUGAUACCCUUUGAAUUUUUUUUUUCAAUUUUUGAGAUAUUUUCUUGAGGGACAGUCUGUAGUCGGCUAGAUAAUAAAUAGAUCGUUCGGCAAGAUUCCCUCUGGUGAAUCGACAGUCGAUUCCUAAGUCAUUGUUAAUGUCUACCAAAGUGUAAGUUUCAAUUCAAUGAUGUUAACUCAGUAAGCUGAAAUAAUUUCACUGAUUAGUGAACAAGUACUUUUCGAAUACAGUGUAUAAUGGGGAUUCAUUAUCGUUGUUAUCUUUAACCUUUCUCGCAGAUAUUUUUCAGUUUGUUCACUGUUCUUUUUCUCAUAAGAGGACGGAAUAAAGGACAAGUAAUUUUCUUUGUACUUGUGAGGCGAGCAUAACAGUUGCUAGCGCAUAAGGCAUUUUGCCAAUGAUGGCAUUUGUUUCAUAUAAAAAUUUCAGUUUUUCGCUUAUCAAAAACUGAUAUUAAAGUACUUAAAUUUUAUACGAAUGAAGUUGAUUAGUAAGGAUCAUGGUAGCUUCCUUCAUAAUACAAUGUCAUUUUAUUAAAAAAACUUACAACAGUUACAAGAAUUUUUAUUUUUUUUUUAAUUACCGUGAGUAAUAUUUUUAUAAAAGCGUAC